AGAGAAACAAGUGGGAGAGUGAUUUCUCACUCAGCGCCAGCAUUUGGUUUCGCGAAAGAGGCGGAAGCAGCGGAGCUGAGGAGGAUGAAAGAGCGAGACGGGAAGGCGACGGUGGACGAGAGGUACACGCAGUGGAAGUCCCUCGUCCCCGUCCUCUACGACUGGUUCGCCAACCACAACCUUGUCUGGCCCUCCCUCUCAUGCCGAUGGGGGCCUCAACUCGAACAAGCAACCUACAAGAAUCGCCAACGCCUUUACCUCUCUGAACAGACUGAUGGUUCUGUACCAAAUACUCUUGUCAUAGCAAAUUGUGAGGUUGUCAAGCCAAGGGUAGCUGCUGCUGAGCAUAUCUCCCAGUUCAAUGAGGAAGCCCGUUCCCCGUUUGUGAAGAAAUACAAAACAAUUAUACAUCCAGGGGAGGUAAACAGAAUUAGAGAGCUUCCUCAGAACAGCAAAAUAGUUGCUACACAUACUGACAGCCCUGACGUUCUAAUUUGGGAUGUUGAAACGCAACCAAAUCGCCAUCCCAUGUUAGGAGCUGCUGAAUCUCGUCCAGAUUUGGUAUUGACAGGACAUCAACAAAAUGCAGAAUUUGCCCUGGCUAUGUGUCCCACCGAACCAUUUGUGCUUUCUGGAGGGAAGGACAAAUCAGUGGUCUUGUGGAGCAUACAGGACCACAUUUCUUCUCUUGCAGAAUCAUCUUCCAAAUCGCCUGUCUCAUCGACACCAAAUUCUGGCGGUAAGUCAUCCAUUAAAUCUGGUGAGAAAAACCCAGAAAGUCUUGGACCAAGAGGUGUGUACCAAGGUCAUGGAGAUACUGUUGAAGAUGUCCAGUUCUGUCCAUCUAGUGCACAGGAAUUCUGUAGUGUAGGCGAUGAUUCUUGCCUCAUUCUAUGGGAUGCUCGAGUUGGUACUAGUCCAGUUGUCAAGGUUGAGAAAGCUCAUGAUGCUGAUCUUCAUUGUGUGGAUUGGAAUCCCCAUGAUCAGAAUCUUAUUUUGACUGGAUCUGCUGAUAAUUCAGUUCGAAUGUUUGAUCGCCGUAACCUUACAUCUGGAGGUGUUGGGUCACCCAUCCACAAAUUUGAAGGUCACAAAGCUGCUGUUCUUUGUGUUCAGUGGUCUCCUGAUAGAGCAUCAGUUUUUGGAAGUGCUGCAGAAGAUGGCUUUCUCAAUAUCUGGGACUAUGAGAAGAUUGGUAAGCAGAAAGAACAUUCUGGAGUAAAAACACCCAACUCACCUCCGGGUUUAUUCUUUCAACACGCGGGGCAUAGAGAUAAAGUGGUGGAUUUUCAUUGGAAUGCAUCUGAUCCAUGGACUAUUGUUAGUGUUUCUGAUGACUGCGGAAGUACUGGCGGGGGUGGUACAUUGCAGAUUUGGCGUAUGAGUGAUUUGAUAUACAGGCCAGAAGAUGAUGUUUUGGCAGAGCUGGAGAAAUUCAAAACCCACAUACUGACAUGCUCACCAAAGGCCUAGAUCUUCCCUAAGGCCUAGAUCUUCGCUAUAUUAAUUGUAUCAGGAUUGGAAGACUAGUGAAGUAGAUGAAACUGCCUUGUUAUUUUCUCGCACUCCUGCUGCUAUAUUAAUUGUAUCAGGAUUGGAAGACUAGUGAAGUAGAUGAAACUGCCUUGUUAUUUUCUUGCACUCCUGCUGCUAUAUUAAUUGUAUCAGGAUUGGAAGACUAGUGAAGUAGAUGAAACUGCCUUGUUAUUUUCUUGCA